AUGUACUAUGACUUUGAUUGGAAAAAUGCACCGCUCUCCUCAAGGAGCUCUCCGGUCGUGACAGGUGUUCUCUAUUUGCUGAUGGUAUUUAUUUUGCCCCGAUAUGUUCCAAUGGGUGGAUAUAAGCUUGAGAGACUGUUGGUGGUGCACAACUUUAUUCUGAGUGCAAUGUCCUUGGUGAUGUGCGUGGGGUGUGCUUGGGAGAUGUUUGAGAGAGUCCGACAUGAAAAUGCUGAUUGGAUGUUCUGCGAAGACCCGGCAACGCCAGCGCGGGGCCCCCUUUAUUUUUGGUCGUAUGCAUUCUAUGUCAGCAAAUAUUAUGAGCUGAUUGACACUCUGCUUGCAAUUCUGAGAUCAUCCAGGCCACCACAUUUUGGUCUUCACGUGUAUCAUCAUGCACUGGUUCCUGUGAUGGUGUGGAAUUGGUUAGAAUACCGGAUGAAUCUUCAGCACAUAGGACUGCUGUGGAACACCUUUGUCCAUGUCGUGAUGUAUGCCUACUAUGGCUUCAAGGCCAUGGAAAAGUUGGGUCACACGACUCCAAAUUCUGCAAUUCCUGACGAGCGUGGCAUUCGGGGUGAUGGCCAUGAAGAUGAUGUGGGAGCGGAAAGUAGAGCGAUGAAAGAUGAAAGCAUUUCUGACUUCACGUGCAGCAUUCAACAUUUUCGUUGCGAAGCCCUGAUGAAACUACACCUGGAAUUUCACAGAGCUCAGCGAACAGAUAGCAAUAUUUCUGGCUUAUGCGCCUUCGUGGCGCUCCUUUUCCUACCCAGGUGCAUGGGAGACGCAGAUCAGCUGCCAGGUGGAUUCAAGUCAUGGUUCGUGCUAUCCGGCUAUCCGGUGCUAUCCGCUUUCGGCGUGCAAAAACGCUACCUGCUGGACAUCGCAGCGAGCGAGGUGACGACAGAUGCGACCUUCAGGUAUAAAAGCUUUACUUGGAGAACAUCAGCUGGCAACAGGCAUCCUUAUGAAUACAUCAUUGCUCAACAACCAGCUGGCGGUGGGACAGCUCGAGAUGCUUUGACUGCUGUGGAAGAAAACUUGCCUUCACCUGCGAGUGGCUGGACAUUGGUUCUCAUCCCAUCCGUUUCUUUAGUUUGCAGCGGCAAAGAAGAGAUGAGACCUUUGGCCACGCUUCUCUCACAAAGAGGGCAUCGUUGCUACAUCUUGGAGUGGCCAGGUUGGACCCAAGAUGUCCAGACAAACUGGGCGUUGGAGCACUGCAAACCAGAGUGUUUGGCAGAGGAGUACCAGGACUUCUGGUGUCAGGCAUUGGACCACGUCGCCCAGCAAGAGUUGCUUUUGGCAAAAGGCAGUCAAGAGCGUGAAGAGGCAGCUGAGAAAGCGCCUCAGUUAUGCGUUGUGGCAGCAAACUCCAGUGCUAUCUAUGGUUUGCGUGCUUUGGAGGCGCUCACUGCUUGGGAACCUGAGCAAGAUGGUGCUGCCAAGGCAUUUGAGCUGUACAAGUCUGUUGUGAUGGUGGCCCCAAGCUGGAAGGCACCACCUCCAAGUGGUUGGUUCUUGUCGCGACUGGAACGAGAUCGAGCUGCAUAUUGGAUGGGAGCUUUCCUUCACUCUGACACGAGACUGGGCCGCCUGUAUCGAAACUCGCACUUUUCGCCUCAAAACCUGCGGCGCUAUUUCUCGCAUGCUGGAACUCCAGAUGAGGAGCGACUCUUCCAGCUGGCGUCAUGGUUCUUCCAGAGGCCUCGACCCUAUGCUCAGACUGAUGCAAUGGUCACAUAUGGCUUCCUGGACCCUGCUGGUGUAGAGUCCGUGGACUCGUUGGUGGCAGAGAUCAAGGCUCACUUGUUGAGGCUCAAGAUCUUGCUGCUCCUCCCUGCCGACUCUAAAUCUCGGAAACCUCAAAGUCAAGCACAAGACUUGUGGGAUGCCUUGAAGGAUCAAGGUAGCCAUGGAGUGUUAGAACAUCGUGAGUUGUCAUCUACUUCAUCAUUACCACAUGAGCUUGCCACGUCGGCAGUGCAGUUUGCGGUGGACCAGUGGUUGCAACAGAGCACAGUGGACAGAUCCUGA